UCCAAUCUUGUUCACCGUACCAUCACCAAGUCGCCAGGGCCACUCACCCACCCUCCACCACCACCACCACCACCAUGACAGGCCAAACCACCACUUUUGCGUUGGUCAACCAGACCGGCUCUGCCAACGCGUACGCGUACAUUACGGGGCUGGACCUGAACAACAACAACUCGCCCAUCUUCGUCCAGGCCGACGGCGCGACCGUGUACCGCCCAGUCUCCCCGAGCAGCACCCUCCAGCCCCUGGCCGCCGACGUCGCCAUCUCGCUCGGUAGCCCCGGGUCGACGCGGAACGUCACGGUGCCCCGGAUCGCGGGGGGCCGGGUCUGGUUCGUCAUCGGCGCCAGGCUGACCUUCCUCCUCAACCCGGGCCCGGCCAUUGUCGAGCCGAGCGUGACCAACCCCUCCGACAAGAACUACAGCCUCAACUGGGGCUUCUGCGAGUUCACCUUCAACGCGGACCAGCUCUUUGUCAACAUCAGCUACGUCGACUUUGUCGCCCUGCCCAUCGCGCUCAACCUGCGCAACCGCCAGGGCCGGCAGCAGGUCGUCCGGGGCCUCCCGCCGGGUGGGCUGGACGCGGUCGUCGCCAAGCUCGAGCAGCAGCAGGCCAAGGACAACGCGGGCUGGGCCCAGCUCGUCGUCAAGGCCGCAGACGGGUCCAACCUGCGCGCCCUGAGCCCAAACAGCGCCCGGGUCAUGAACAAUGCGCUGUUCCAGGGCUACUAUCAGGCUUAUGUGGAUCAGGUCUGGGCAAAGUACACCUCCCAAGACCUGACCAUCAACACCCAGGCCCAAUGGGGCAACCAGACCGGCCGGGUCGCGCCGUCCACAGGGCUGCUCACAUUCCCGGGCAUCGGGACUUUUGCCAAGCCAACCGCCGGCGACAUCUUCACCUGCAGCACGGGGCCCUUUGGGUCGUACCCGGACGCCACGCGGGACGCCAUGGGCAACCUGGGCGCGCGCAUCGCCGCGUCGCUCAACCGGACCACCCUGCUGGCCAACCCGCAGCAGCCCGACGGCGAGAAGGUAAGCAGCUACUACGCCGGCGUCGCGGCCACGGGUGCUGCGGCGGGAGUGGCGAACCACUACUCGCGCAUCUUGCACGAGGUCAACCUCGACGGGAGGGGUUACGCCUUUCCCUAUGACGACGUGGUGCCCAGCGGUACUGGGCAGCCCGAGCAGGCGGGCACGGCGUUUGACGGGGACCCGGAUGUCCUGACCAUCACGCUGGGCAGUCUGAAGGCCGCCGGCGCGGCGGCUGGCGCCAGGGAGGCCGAAGUUGCGACGGAGCGUGGAGAUGUGGGAACGGAGGCUGGAAAGGUAGUAGACCCUGGGGAUGCUGGUCAACAAGCACCGGACGGCCAGCAGCGCAAGCAAGAGCUGCGGCGGAGGAGCUUGAAAGCGAGAAUCGGGUCUGUCACGUCCAGGAUGAAGAAGGUGCUAGCAUAGGCCGGCGAUUUCUGUAAUUCUGGCCGCCUGCGACUUCUUGUAUUCAUGACUGCCUGUGCC